UAUGCGAAGGCUCACUGGGAGUCAAGUCUUAGGUACCCUGGACUGACCACAGCUCAGCAGGAGAGCAGCGGCGUUGCAGGCUGACAGGUGCAGCCCGGAAUGGACAAACCCCGUGGUGCAAGCCGGGAGAGCCGCUGCCGGUCAGAGCAGAGGACACUGACCUAGGUGCGCCAACGUGGCCUGAUUCGGUAAGGUAGCCCCCGGUGCUCCCACGGUUGCGAUUUCCGCCUCGGGGCCCGAUUCGCAACGCAGCCGCGUGGGGAGACCCGAGGGCUCGUCCGCCUCCUGCAACACCCGCUCCAUCUAGAUUUCGGGGCUCGGUCAAGGCUGAUCUCCGCCACAUUUGCUGAUGAAGCUCUUGGCGGCGGCAGCCGGCGAGAAAAAUCCUCCUCCUCCCCCCCUGCGCCCCCCUCCUCGCCUUUGCAAUUGGCUGCCCGACGUGACUUUGUCGCCGCUGCGCCGCUCGGAUUGGCGCCGGCCCGGCGAUAAAAGCUCCGGCGUGCCGCGCUCCCCGCCCGCUGUCGAAGAGCCUCCGCCGGCGCCGCGACCCUCCUUCCUCCGGCAGGAUCGCCCCCUUCGCGGCGGCCCCGGACGCCCGUCGCAGCCGCGGCCAUGAGCUACAGCCGGGAGCUGCUCUUCGCCGCGCCGUCCCACGGCAGGAAGCCCUUCGCGGGCCGCAGCCUGGCGUACGGCUCGACGGCGGGCCGGGCGGGGGCGUCGGGGGCCGCGGGCCCCUCGGCCUUCUCGUCGUCGUAUCGGAAGCUGCCGGCGCCGAGCAGCUCGCUGGACCACCUGGAGGCGCUGCGGGGCGGCGGGGGGGCGGCGUCGGCGUCGGGGCCGAGCGCGCUGAGCAACGAGCUGAAGAUCGUGCGCACCAACGAGAAGGAGCAGCUGCAGGGCCUCAACGACCGCUUCGUCAGCUACAUCGAGAAGGUGCACCAGCUGGAGCAGCACAACCGGCUGCUGGAGGCCGAGGUGGCGGCGCUGCGGCAGCGGCAGGCCGAGCCGUCGCGCCUGCAGGCGCUGUACGAGCAGGAGGUGCGCGAGCUGCGCUCGCAGGUGGAGGCGCUGCGCCACGACGGCGACCAGGCGGCGCUGGAGAGCCAGCAGCUGGGCCGCGCCCUCCAGCGGCUGCGCGAGCAGGCGGCCCACGAGGCGGCGCGGCGCCAGGAGGCCGAGCUGGCGCUGCGCGACGCGCGCAAGGACGCCGACCGCGCCGCCCUGGCCCGCCUGGAGCUGGAGAAGAAGGUGGAGGCGCUCCUGGACGAGAUCGCCUUCCUGCGCCACGUCCACGACGAGGAGGUGGCCGAGCUGCAGGCCGAGCUGCAGGGGGCGCAGGUCUCCGUCGAGAUUGACAUGAGCAAGCCUGACCUCACGGCUGCCUUGAAAGAGAUCCGCACCCAGUACGAAGUCCUGUCCGCCCGGAACCAGCAGUCGGCUGAGGAGUGGUACAAAUCCAAGUUUGCCAACUUCACUGAAGAGGCAGCUCGCAGCAGCGACAGCAUCCGCCAGGCCAAGGAGGAGAUUUCCGAAUAUCGCCGGCAGCUGCAAGCCCGGAACAUCGAGAUCGAGUCCCUGCGCGGAGCCAACGAGUCCCUGGAGAGGCAGCUGCAGGAGGCCGAGGAGAGGAGCAGCAAAGAGAUGCGUGACUUGCAGAAAAUUGCUGGAAGGGGAAGAGACCCGCCUGAGCACCGUCAGCAGCAGCAGCAGCAGCAGUGCGUUUGGCCUGGGCUACCCCUUCUCCUCGAGCCCCCUGGCCGGCUUCAAGGGCUUCUCGGCCAGCACAGUGGCGAUCCGGAAGGACAAGAAGGCAGAGUCCCAGGACAGCCCCAAGGAGUCCAAUGACUCGGGAGAGUCAAAGGACGAGGAUGAAUCUGGAGACGAGAAGUCUGCAACGGGCGUGCCCAAAACCUAAAACUGUGUCCCAAAGGCAGCCUUCCCCACCCACCCUCUCACUGAAUUUCCUCAGAAUGGGGUGAGGGUGUUGUAGGUUUUUCAGACAUGGGAUAGCUCUCGGGAUGAGUUGGUCAGGCAGACCAUGAUAACCGGACACCAAAUUACUCCCAGACAGAUCCACAAGCCUCUGGCAACUCUCCAGGAACCAGCACCACACAGAUCUGCCCAGAACUCAGUUGCAUAUCACAAGCGGAGGCUUUAGAGCUCUUGGGCAGAUAGCUGGACCUCUUAGCUCUCUAGCAUCACAAACCUCUGCAAGUUUACUUUGGAGUAAAUCCCACUGUGUUUGUCUGUGAGCGACACACAGAAGUCUUCCCCUGUCUGAAACACUUCCUGCAAAACGUAAUCUUCCGAGAGGGAAACUUGCAGGUGUGUGUGUGUGUGUGCUUAAGAUUAGCCUGCCCUCCAUACCCCCCCCCUUUGUUGACCAUCUUCAGUCUUCUGAUCUGGAGGGCACCAGGUUGGGGAAGGCUCACUUAGGUUACAUUAGCAUUGCCCACUUCUGCUCUGAGGCUGACCUGACUUCAGACAAGGUCCUUGAAUGCUGAAGUGCAGCGAUUCCCAAAUGUUUUUCAGGCCGCUGCCCCCUUGGUUCCAUAAAUUCAACCCCCACUGCCCCCUCCCCAUGAAAAGCAUUAUUCCAGAAUAGUGGUUUGCAUGACCCACUAGGGAAAAUCACUAUGUAGUUAAAUUGAUUCAACAGAACUGAUGAACUGGAUCCAGUGAGAACAGCUUUUCAAAGUCUGCUUGUCAUUUACACCUCCAGCGCCCCCUGCCACCCCCUUGCCUCUUAGUGCCCCCCCCAGGAGAUGCCACUGCCCCCAGGGGGUCAUCCUACCCACUUUGGGAACUGCUGUUCUAGAAUAUAUUUAAUACUUCCAAGUUACUCAUUUUGUGCCUCUUUCUCAUUCAAAACCUCUGACUUUAAAAGCCACAGGGCAGAUCAUUGUGGUUAUGUGGUCUCCA